AUGAUUGACUUCAGUAUUCCACUUGUGAGAUUGUUAGCUAGUUCGAACUUUGAUGCUGGCUAUACUUUUGGAUGGCUGCUUAUGGGAUCCUUGGGAGUUUUUGUUCUUACAUAUGCGUACCUCAUAUGGCAGAGAAAGACAUCACUUAAAUGGGUUAAAGCUGCUGCUAGAGCGAAGAAACAAGCAUGGAAGAAGCUUAAAGUUCCCCUAUCACGUCAUACAUGGAUCGAAGAUGUUGCUACUGCAAAAGAUUGCAAAUGUGUAGCACAAGCUGGUUAUGGCCAUGUCCAGCACCAUUGGUCCGAAAGAUGGAAUAACCUGGAUGACAUUCCUGAGAUGUCUGCAUUUUGUUUUUACUGUGACGAACCUUGUGGAGUUCCUUUUAUUGAUGUAUCUCCGACAUGGCAUUGCUUAUGGUGUCAGCGCCUCAUACAUGUUAAGUGCCAUGCCAAAAUGUCCGAAGAAUCCGGUGAUGUUUGUGAUUUGGGUCCUCUUAGAAGAGUCAUUCUUUCUCCCCUCUGUGUGAAAGAUCUUGAAAGUGAGACAUUAAGUUCUGUUACGGAUGAAAUCAUUACAUCUUUAGGCCGUGGGCAGAUUAGGAGAAAGCGCCACCGGAACAGACAUGGAAGUAACCGAUAUAUCAAUGGCAAGGUACAAGGAAGUUCUGCUACCAAAAGAGCACUGCAAUAUGUGCUAAAUGGUCUUGUUGGUCUUGGUCUCUUGAAAUCCAGUAAUGAGAAAAACGAUGAUAAAUUUUUUGAGGCUAGCAACCUAAUUGAUCAGAAAGGCGGUCUGAAAGGGCUGAAGCAUAAGAAAGAUGAAAGUGCUGUUUGUGGAAAAUCUAAGAAGUAUACUCUAGUAGAUUUGUCUUCUGAUGCAAGACCUCUCCUGGUCUUCAUAAAUGCCAAGAGUGGAGCUCAAAAUGGACGUCUCCUUCGAAGAAGAUUGAACAUGAUAUUGAAUCCUGUACAGGUAUUUGAACUUGAUUCCUCUCAAGGACCUGAGGCUGGUUUAGAGCUGUUUGCUAAUGUGCAAUAUUUUAGAGUUUUGGUCUGUGGAGGUGACGGGACUGUGGCCUGGGUUCUUGAUGCAAUCGAAAGGCAUAAUUUUGAAUCACCUCCACCUGUUUCCGUUCUUCCUUUAGGAACGGGAAAUGAUUUGUCAAGGGUUCUUCACUGGGGAGGGGGCUUCUCAACUGUUAAAGGACAAGGUGGUUUAAGCACUUUUUUGCAUGACAUAAGCCAUGCAGCAGUUACAAUGCUUGAUCGCUGGAAAGUAAACAUAACUGAAGAAAAGUCUGGCGGUGAACCUAGCGAAGUGCAAUCAAAGUUCAUGAUGAAUUACUUAGGUAUUGGAUGUGAUGCAAAGGUUGCAUAUGAAUUCCACACAAGUAGGGAAGAAAAUCCUGGAAAGUUUUACAGUCAGUUUGUGAAUAAAUUGAGAUAUGCAAGAGAAGGUGCCAGGGACAUCAUGGACAGAGCUUGUGCUGACUUACCAUGGCAAGUUUGGCUUGAAGUAGACGGGAAAUGUAUCCAAAUUCCAAAGGGCACCGAGGGCUUGAUUGUGCUAAAUAUCGGUAGCUAUAUGGGUGGAGUUGACCUUUGGCAGAACGAUUAUGAGCAUGAUGAUAAUUUCAAUCAUCAGUACAUACAUGACAAAAUGCUGGAAGUUGUCUGCGUUUCGGGAUCAUGGCAUCUUGGCAAACUUCAGGUAGGACUUUCACAAGCCAGGAGGCUAGCUCAAGGGGGAAUCGUUAGGAUACACGUUUCCAGUCCUUUUCCUGUCCAAAUUGAUGGGGAGCCUUUUAUUCAGCAACCGGGAUGUUUAGAAAUAACGCAUCACGGACAGGUGUUUAUGUUGCGGAGAGUGUCAGGAAUGGACGGACCGAGAGGUCACGCGGCUGCCAUAAUGACCGAGGUUUUGGCUGACGCCGAGUGUAAAAGUGUUAUCAAUGCAUCCCAAAAGAAGCUACUUCUUCAGCAGAUUGCCCUCCAGCUUUCUUGA